GAUGGACUAUAAGAAAAGAGAGAAGAGUAUUCAAAGAGGGAAGAACGAGGAGCAAAACUUCUUAGAGAACAAGUUAAAUUCCAUAGCUAAAAGUUCUGUGGAUGGCUCUGUGAAAGAAGAUGUCUAUACAAACCCAUACGGGGGAGAUAACGCUCAUAAUGAUUUGAACAACAAAAAUAAAAUUGAUAAUUUAGAAGAAGUUGAAGUCACCAAUUCAAAUAUUGAGAGCUCUCCUUAUUAUAAUAAGAAAUUCAAUAGUACUGGAGGAGGUGUGGAGCUACGGGCAAGAGAGGAAUAUAAUAACAGCUCCCCUGAUAAAAAGCAAAAGCAAGGGCAAGGACAUCCUCUGAUAUAUGACAAAGAUGAUGAAUUGAAGUUAAAGACAUAUAAUUAUUUCAGACCGAGUCCUAAUAAUCAAUCCCUACAUGAUAACCCUUCAGCUAAAUUCUUGACAAAGUCGCCAAGAUUUGAAGAAGAGAAGGAAGUGAAUGAUGGAAUAACAGAAUACACCAAGGAGGAAAUGGCAGGCUUCAAGACUGUCUUCAACACCUUUGAUAAGAAGAAGAAAGGCGAGGUAUCUCUCAAAGAUCUCCGAUCUAUCUUCCAGUCCUUUGGGAGAGAUCCUGAAGAACUCGAUAUCAUCAUGGACGAACUUGGUCUUAGAGGUUAUAGAGAGCAAGACCAAAUAAAAUUUAAUAUCUUCGUCCAGAUCAUGCAGAAGUUAGAAACAGAAAUGGAUAAAACUCAUGGAGAUAUUGAGCAAGAUCAUGACCCUAGUGGUCAUAGUGAAAUUGUCCAAAAACAGUUUCCAAAAGUCAUUCAAAAUCCUGAUUAUAGUAAUAACCCCAAUAUAAACCAUUACACAGCUGGGGAAUAUGAACAAGACGAGCCAACUCCUCCUCAAUUCCAAUUUGUAGAUAAUACACAGCCCAAUACUUACAUGCACCAAGAGACAGACGAAGGCUACUCUCCUGAACCUGAGCCAGAACCGGAUCAAGAACCAGAGCAAGAGCAAGAAAUGGAUAAUAGGACUCAAAUAGUUUAUGAACCUGAAGUAAAAUCUAUCGAAGGAAAUUUAAAUAAUUUCGAUAAAUUCCAACACAUAAUGAAAAGCAAAAAUAGGUCAAAAUCAAUGUCUGAGACCACAUCUUCAAAAGUGAGUUAUCAGCCUCCAAAAUCUCCUACUGAGAAGGAAAGAAGACUAUAUGGAGCCAUGCUGCCUAAAACAGGGGUGCACUUCCUGCCAGAUCUAAAAGUAGUAGAUUUUAUCAGAGUUCUUCAUAACUACAAAAGACAAUGUCUUAAGGAAGGAAAGCUCCUAGAAGUGAAGAAGUCCAAGAAGAAAAUCUUUGAGCUCAGAAAUAAAGAGAUGCUUCGCCAGCUCACCAACAUGUGUGUUUCCCAUGAGAAGGAGAUAAAGGCUGUCAAGAAGGCUCAAGAUAAACAAUUUGAACAGUUCCAAGGCAAGUCCUAAC